AUGCAAUAAACGUCAUAUUGCGAGUGUACUCUUGUACUUUUGUAAAAAUAUCGAGAGUUCUAUACAAAUUCAUGCAGGGCCAGGAAAUAUAAAUACCCCUCGAGACCAAGGAAAAUCAUUCAAUUUUCUUCUUGCAUCUAAAGAAGUAGUUUCAAACAUGAUGAAGUUCGUAGUUGUCUUUGCCUGCCUUUUGGCUGUGGCUUAUGGAGGAGGACUCACCAGUCUUGUUGGACAAAGUCAUUUGGCUGCUCCCAUCAAAAUUCAAAGUUACAUUUCCCCCGCUCCAAUUAUUAAAACUCCCAUUUUGAUUCCCAAAAUUGCUGUUCAACCUCAAAUUGUUCACACAGCUCACCCAGCCGUUGUUGUUGGUCACGGUCUUGGUCUUGGUGGUCUUGGUGGUAUCGGUGGUCUCGGUCUCGGUCUUAACAAAGGACUCGAUUGGUAAAAAAAAUUGACUUCCGAUUGAAUUUUUCUAAAUCUAAAAAUUUCCACCAUUAUAAAAGAAUAAUUUCAUUUUGUUUUGGAAACUCAAAAAUUCUUUAAAGAAGACAUGCGUAUGGAAAAUUGAAUUUAAUAUAAUUACAAAAUUUAUGAGAAAUAAAUAAAUAAAAAAUUAAAAUAACAAAA